CUUCUGUUUUGUUUUUUUGUUAUAAAACAGGAUGCUUGACUUUCAAAAAGAGAUUCUUACAGACAUUGCAAGUGAAGAUGCUCUUGUUAUUACCUCACCUGGACUAGGAUUGUUUCAAAUUCUAUGUAGAUUUGUUCAACUUUAUACAAAGGGAAACCACCUUGUUUUAUUAAUCAAUACGUCAAAAGAACAAGUAGACCUUAUCGGAGAACAACUGAUCGCGCACGGUGUAUCCACCGAUCAUAUUAUCCGUCGUAUCGAAUACAACACGCCCUCCGAAAAGAGAACGAGCAUGUAUCGCGAAGGAGGUGUAUUUGCCAUCACUUCCAGAAUUUUAGCUGUAGACAUGUUAUUAGAGAGAAUUCCAACUACACUGAUUAAUGGCAUCAUUGUCUACAAUGCGCAUAGAAUCAAGCCUAAUUCCAUAGAAGAAUUAAUUCUUCGCAUCUACCGCAACCACAACCAAGAAGGAUUCAUCAAGGCAUUUUCCGAUCAACCCGACGCAUUUGUGACGGGAUUUGCACCUUUACAAUCUCGCAUGAAAUCCUUGUUCUUACGUAAAGUCCAUUUAUGGCCCCGCUUUCAAUUGGUCGUCAGCGAAAAUUUAUCACAAACAAACAAUGAUGUGAUCGAAUUAAGACAGCCCAUGACUCCCAUGAUGGAUACCAUUCAAACGAGCCUGGUACAAUGCAUGGAAGAAACUUUGGCUGAAUUACGUCGUUCCAACCCAACACUCGAUGUAACUGAACUUACCAUUGAAAAUACAUUUUUCAAGUCCUUUGAUCUUAUUGUUCGACAACAGUUGGAUCCUAUCUGGCAUAAUGUCUCCUUUGCCUCCAAGCAAUUGGUGAGCGAUCUAAAGAUCUUGCGACAGUUAUUGAGUUACUUGACCAUGUAUGAUUGUGUCUCGUUUUACAGCUUUAUUGAAACCGUGAUUGAAGCAAAUAACCCAAAAGAAGGCAAACAAAUCCGCCAAUCUCAAUGGCUGUUCCUGGAAGCAGGUGAUCGUGUCAUUAAAACUGCUCGUCAACGUGUCUACGUGAAGGAGGGAGACGCCUUAUUUGACGAAUUACCCGAUACCCCAUUACCACAAGGGUUUCCAUCACAUAUCAAAUUGGUGCUUGAAGAACAGCCCAAAUGGAACCUGUUAAAGAACGUACUUGCAGAAAUCGAAAAUGACGCCAUGGGAUUAAAUCACGGCGAAGGGGCACCCGUGUUAAUCAUGGUGAACGAAAGAAGAACUUGCUCUCAAUUGAAAAAGUAUAUCACGAAGAAUAAUACAGAGGAUUCCUUCUUGUCACCAAUGAUUGGAAACUACUUUCAAUGGCGAUCGAAAAUGUUUAAAAUUCAGAAAAAUACAGCCUCCUCUUCCACUCCUCCUGCACAGGCGCCUCAACGAAGAGGAGGUCCACCUAUGAAUAAACGUAGAAGAGUACGUGGUGGUUCUUCUGCAGCAUCUGGACCUGGAAGAACAGAAAGCUUGGCAGAAACAUUUAAAGAGGAUGUGAUUGAGACUGUUGCCGUGUUAGAUGAAGGUGAUGAUGAAUUUAAAUUGGUUGGCCCAUUGUCAGACGAAUAUGAAAUUACACGACAAGAGCAUGAUAUUUUACCUUCGUUUCGAGAAAUCGACCAAAACAAGUUGAUCGCGAUUCAAUGUUAUGACGAUGAUUUAAACGAGCAAAUUUUACAAGAUAUCGAACCGCGUUUCAUCAUCAUGUUUGAUCCCAAUCCUGCCUUUGUACGACAAAUCGAGGUCUAUCGUGCACUUCAUCCAACAGUUCAAAUUCGUGUUUAUUUCAUGUUGUAUGAAAAUUCUGUCGAAGAACAAAAUUACCUGAGUUUGAUUCGCAAAGAAAAGUCAUCCUUUGAAAAACUCAUUCAUGAAAAAUCGAUCAUGGCGAUUCCUAUGCCGGAGAAAAAAAGGGAAGAACACUUGGAAACGGUUCGACUGAGUACAAGAAUGGCGGGAGGUCAAGUCCAAUUGAAGGGUCCGCCCGUGGUAACAGUUGAUAUGCGAGAAUUUCGCAGUUCCCUCCCUCCUAUUCUGUAUGCUGAAGGUAUGAAGAUUGAACCUUUUACUUUACAAGUAGGUGAUUAUAUCUUGAGUCCAGAUAUGUGCGUGGAACGAAAAUCUAUUUCGGACUUGAUCCAAUCCUUUGCUUCAGGACGAUUAAUUACACAGUGUGAGAUAAUGGCUUUGCAUUACAAAACACCUAUUCUUUUGAUUGAAUUUGACCAGAACAAGUCUUUUUCUUUACAGGCUCUUGAGGAAAUGAAGGGCAAUAUUUCAUCAACUGAUAUUUCUUCUAAAUUGGUAUUAUUGACAUUGGCUGUGCCCAAGUUACGCAUCAUAUGGUCAUCCAGUCCACAAGAGACAGCCAAAAUUUUUGACGCAUUAAAGAAAUCAGAACCAGAGCCAGAUUCUAAACAAGCAGCAUCGAUUGGAGCUGAAGGAGGUGAAGAUGGAGAGACGAUUUAUAAUAUGACACCUCAAGAUAUUUUACGAAGUAUGCCAGGUGUCACCUCCAAGAAUUACAAGAUUAUCAUGAACGGGGUGCAAGAUUUAGACGAACUAAUGCACUUGAGCCAAAAGAGAAUUGAGAAUAUGAUUGGAGUAGAAAUGGGUACCCAGUUGUACCAAUUUAUUCAUAAAAAAGCAAGCUAAAAUAAACACGAG